CGGAAGCGCCGGUCGCCAUGGGAACGGGGCUGCCGCCGCUUCCCGCCGCGCAGCCAUGGCGGAGCCGCAGGCCGAGCCGGUUUCUCCAUUGCCGGUGCCUACAGAACCUCUAAAACCCCGUCCUAAAAAAGAAGAUACUCAUCGGCUCUCUCGCUGGAUUUACAAACGGUAGCGUGGUUCCUCGCGCUGGCAACUUGUGAAGCUCCAGGCAAAGAGGAGAUAUGCACAGCUGGUUUCAUCCUCGCCUUUCCCCCCGAGGAGUGUUGCUUUAACGUGGUUGUGAGAGCACCCCGCUUCAUUUUGGACUGUAACCGCAGCCAAGCUCCGUUAGAGACCUUCCCCAAGCUCUCACCCGAGUUACCAAUCCCAGAGAGGAAAAACUGGCUGAUCUAUCUGCUCUACGUUCACAGAGACUACGAGGAGUGUAAGGCCGUCAUCAAAGAGCAGCUCCAGGAGUCGCAGGGGCUGUGCGAAUACGCCAUCUACGUUCAAGCUUUGAUAUUUCGCUUGGAGGGGAAAAUUCAAGAAUCUCUUGAACUUUUUCAGACAUGUUCCAUUAUGAACCCUCGAAGUGCCGACAACCUCAAGCAGGUGGCACGAUCGCUGUUUCUUUUGGGGAAACACAAGGCAGCCAUUGAAGUGUACAAUGAAGCAGCUAAACUCAACGAAAAGGACUGGGAGAUCAGCCACAACCUGGGUGUGUGCUACAUGUACCUGAAACACUACAACAAGGCACAAGACCAGCUAAACCGUGCCCUGGAGCUCAACAGACAUGAUCUGACUUACAUGAUGCUGGGGAAAAUUCACCUCUUGGAGGGGAAGACGGAUAAAGCCAUUGAAGUCUAUAAGAAAGCCGUAGAGUUUUCUCCAGAAAACACAGACCUCCUUACAACACUGGGGUUGCUUUACCUGCAGCGUGAGGAUUACCAGAAGGCUUUUGAACACCUCGGAAAUGCGCUUACGUACGACCCAGGCAACUACAAGGCAACCUUGGCGGCUGGCAGCAUGAUGCAGGCCCACGGGGACUUUGACGUUGCCCUCUCCAAGUACCGGGUGGUAGCCAGCGCUGUCCCCGAGAGCCCCCCGCUGUGGAACAACAUUGGCAUGUGCUUCUUCGGGAAGAAGAAAUAUGUAGCAGCCGUCAGCUGCCUGAAGCGGGCAAACUACUUGGCUCCCUUUGACUGGAAGAUCUUGUACAAUCUGGGGCUGGUGCACCUGACGAUGCAGCAAUACGCCUCCGCUUUCCACUUCCUCAGCGCCGCCAUCAACUUCCAGCCCAAGAUGGGAGAGCUGUACAUGCUCCUCGCAGUCGCUCUGACAAACCUGGAAGACAUCGAGAGUGCAAAACAUUCCUACGAGCAAGCUGUGGCACUGGACAAGUGCAACCCCCUCGUCAACCUGAACUACGCCGUCCUGCUGUACAACCAGGGCGACAAGAAGGGAGCGCUCUGCCAGUACCAGGAGAUGGAGAAGAAGGUCAACACCGUGAAGGAGAGCAGCACUCUCGACUUUGAUCCUGAGAUGGUGGAGGUUGCCCAGAAGAUGGGAGCUGCCCUGCAGGUGGGGGAGAGCCUGGUCUGGACUAAAUCUUCCAAAGAGUCGAAAUCCAAGCCGCGAGCUGCUCCGUCGGGGAAAUCCUCCAGCACUCAGCAGCCUUUGGGCUCUAACCAGGCCCUGGGUCAGGCCAUGUCCUCGGCUGCGGGAUUCGGGAAAACCAGGCAGCUUCCCUCAGGUGCCGGAGCAUCAGCUCCGCUUGCAAAGCCUCCCUCGCUGCCUCUGGAACCAGAAUCAGGCUCGGACACGAGCCCCGAGGAGCCCUCGGCACCAGCGGGGGCUGAGGAAGAGAGCGAAGAGAAGAGCAAGAGCCGGCAGGCAGAGGACUAGGACGGGCUCUGGGCGGGACAGGCAGGCGCACGAGUGUCACCAGAGCUGCCUGCUGACUCGUGGGGACCCGCGGUGGCUUCACCCCGCUGUCAGUUAGUCUAAAUGCCGCUGUUUUCUGUAGAUGAUUUUAGCACGUGAUCUCUACCUUGUCCCAAGGAGUUGUUGCAGCAGUCAGAAGAGGUUCCUGCGUAGCUGCUAUUCGUGUGGUCCCAGCUCGCUGCAAGAGACGGGGGGAUGGAGAUCCAUCUCUCCACAGCGUUGUCUGUCUUCAGCGUCUGGGUUUUAAAUCCUCCAGAAGGAUGCUGAGGCAUCCGGCACGUUUAGAAAAGCCAGCAGUAGUGACUUAGCAUCCUGGACCCCAAAAAGGGACAAGCGCGUCCAGCAGCUGAGGAAGCCCUGCACAGGCGGUAGGAAGGUCAGUGGUGAUACGCUCGGAGAUGGGGAGAAGGUUGCACAACUCACCAGGGCAAGCACGGAGCAGUAAGCAGGGUUCAGGUCUCGAGGGGUUUUGCCUCUGGAAUUUAUCCAGAGUUUGAUACAGGUCCUCAGAACAACACCUUUUGGGAACUAAAGGCGGGACCAUCCUACUUGACCUUGACAGCCGGUGGCUGCGUUUCCGAGCAGAGUGUGUAGCACUUCCCCAAGAAAAGCGAACUCAAGGCUGAAGAAAGGAGAUUGCUCAGGCAGGAGCUGGUGUUCCUGAGUGAGGCUGCCUGUCCUGCGAGCGGGCCAGCUGCAGCAGCCAAAUUCUGAAUUGUUUGCUGAGAAAUUGGGUAAAUGAGCCUCCGUGCAACUCUGUUCACGUGAUCAGUUCUUCCUUGAGAAUUUGUAUUGCCCAGCAGGGGCGGAAAGAUUGGUUUGCAGGGAAAAAAAAAAAAAGAACAAGCCUCUCCAGAAAAGAUUAUAUGGUCAGCCUCAGUGCUAAGUUUAAAUUGUUGGAGUCUGACAGCAGCCUUAUCCUGAAUAAUUUAGUUGUGCCCUCCUUACAGUUGCAUUUUAGGAGAAACCGUUGAUGCCAGCUGCCAGGCAGCAAAGCAGCCCAUUGCGGAGCAGAGCGAGGAGCUUUAACGCCUGGGUGAUGCUAGAGAAGCUUUGAAAAUGUUUCUAUCCUUGAACAGCAAAAUCUUAGCCUUCCCUUUCUCUGCUGCUGUCAGUUUGUUGCCUCUGGGAUUUAUCCAGAGCUUGAUACAGGUCCUCAAAACCUUUUCUUGUCCUCCCUCUGUGCACUGCACACAAAGCUGAUGUUGCUGUGGGACUGUUUUCCAAGCGGGGUGCAUAGUGCUUCCCCAACCAAACCGAACCUUUGGGCUGGCUUUAUUUGCCAGGUUUUAAAAAUACCUUAAAAAUUUGCCACCCAGGUUUUAAAAAUAUCCUUCCCGAUUUUAAUGCUGCGCUGUUGCAUUGUAUCACUCCAUCAUUAACAAGCCCAGCAGAGCAAGGUUAGUAAUGGAAACUUCUCUGGAGCAAUAAUGUAAAAGCAGCGUGACUGAGGCUCCGGGUACAUGAACACCCUUCAGUUGUGCUUUGUGGGCAGCUGCCGUUACCCAGAAUGACACUAAUGCAUCUUUAGAGCACAACCAAGAACUGAAGCGCUCUCUGGAGAACACUUUGUCCUCUGUCUUGAUUGCCCAAACUGCUUUCUUAUCUCAAAUGUGGCUUUUUUCCCCAGCUGUCCUCUCCUGAUGGGUUUUGCAUUGGUCCAGAUUCAGGGUAGUGCUCCUGUAAGCUUUCCCUCCUGCCAGGGGUUGAAGCAAGGAGAGGAUAUUUCAUGGAGCACUGGCAAAUUUAAACAAACCACACAAGCAGCCGUGUAAAUCAGGUACAGUGCAGCGAUUUUAUUCACAUUACAGCUUUUUACACUGAAAGUUACUGCAGCCCAUGAAGAAGAGGUUAAGGGGAGGCAGGGGAUGGCAAAUCUUUAUCUCACCACCAAAACUUCAGUUCGAGGCAGUUUGUUUUCUGAUAGCAGUAGAUUGCUGUGAUCUUUUAGUCUUAUCACAAAGGCUUUGGGAGCGCUGGCAGCUCCAACACAAGGAACAGUGCCCAGAACAGCGUGGUUACAGGUGGGUGAGCACCAGCAUUGCUCAUAACAGGAAGAUUUUCCCCUCCGUUUACUCUUCGUUUUGACUCACUCGCUGCUUUCCUCUGCCUUCUGCUUGGUGUAAAAAAGAUAAAUGAGUUUAAACUGUAGCAUUAUCAGACUCUUUUGCUCUAUUCAGUAGGUGGGAGUAGAACCUCAUCCCACUGCGCCUCUUACCUUCUUGGUUGCUAGGAUGCUUUCAUAGGGUAAACUGUACAUGUUCAGUACAUUUGGAAGUACUGUAAAGGUAUUUAAAAUGAAUAUAUAUUUUGGUGAAAAGCUUAUGCAGACAAUUAACCAACUCUCCCAUGAAAAGGAGCAGAAGGACCCUUUUACUUUGUGGAUUUGAAUAGAGCAGAAGGGCUGAAAUUCCAGAGAUGUGUAAUUCCAGCUGGAUAAUAAAUAGAACCACAA